UUCCCGGCUGCAGCCGCGAUCCUAACCGGCUCGCGAGACGCCCCGCCCACCCUGGGCCCGCCCCCGGCUCCAUCUUGCGGGAGACCGGGUUGGGCUGUGACGCUGCUGCCGGGGUCAGAAUGUCAUACCCAGGCUAUCCCCCAACAGGCUACCCACCUUUCCCUGGAUAUCCUCCUGCAGGUCAGGAGUCAUCUUUUCCCCCUUCUGGUCAGUAUCCUUAUCCUAGUGGCUUUCCUCCAAUGGGAGGAGGUGCCUACCCACAAGUGCCAAGUAGUGGCUACCCAGGAGCUGGAGGCUACCCUGCGCCUGGAGGUUAUCCAGCCCCUGGAGGCUAUCCUGGUGCCCCACAGCCAGGGGGAGCUCCAUCCUAUCCCGGAGUUCCUCCAGGCCAAGGAUUUGGAGUCCCACCAGGUGGAGCAGGCUUUUCUGGGUAUCCACAGCCACCUUCACAGUCUUAUGGAGGUGGUCCAGCACAGGUUCCACUACCUGGUGGCUUUCCUGGAGGACAGAUGCCUUCUCAGUAUCCUGGAGGACAACCUACUUACCCUAGUCAGAUCAAUACAGAUUCUUUUCCUUCCUAUCCUGUUUUCUCUCCUGUUUCUUUGGAUUAUAGCAGUGAACCUGCCACAGUGACUCAGGGCACUCAAGGAACUAUCCGACCAGCUGCCAACUUCGAUGCUAUAAGAGAUGCAGAAAUUCUUCGUAAGGCAAUGAAGGGUUUUGGGACAGAUGAGCAGGCAAUUGUGGAUGUGGUGGCCAACCGUUCCAAUGAUCAGAGGCAAAAAAUUAAAGCAGCAUUUAAGACCUCCUAUGGCAAGGAUUUAAUCAAAGAUCUCAAAUCAGAGUUAAGUGGAAAUAUGGAAGAACUGAUCCUGGCCCUCUUCAUGCCUCCUACGUAUUAUGAUGCCUGGAGCUUACGGAAAGCAAUGCAGGGAGCAGGAACUCAGGAACGUGUAUUGAUUGAGAUUUUGUGCACAAGAACAAAUCAGGAAAUCCGAGAAAUUGUCAGAUGUUAUCAGUCAGAAUUUGGACGAGACCUUGAAAAGGACAUUAGGUCAGAUACAUCAGGACAUUUUGAACGUUUACUUGUGUCCAUGUGCCAGGGAAAUCGUGAUGAGAACCAGAGUAUAAACCACCAAAUGGCUCAGGAAGAUGCUCAGCGUCUCUAUCAAGCUGGUGAGGGGAGACUAGGGACCGAUGAAUCUUGCUUUAACAUGAUCCUUGCCACAAGAAGCUUUCCUCAGCUGAGAGCUACCAUGGAGGCUUAUUCUAGGAUGGCUAAUCGAGACUUGUUAAGCAGUGUGAGCCGUGAGUUUUCCGGAUAUGUAGAAAGUGGUUUGAAGACCAUCUUGCAGUGUGCCCUGAACCGCCCUGCCUUCUUUGCUGAGAGGCUCUACUAUGCUAUGAAAGGUGCUGGCACAGAUGACUCCACCCUGGUCCGGAUUGUGGUCACUCGAAGUGAGAUUGACCUUGUACAAAUAAAACAGAUGUUCGCUCAGAUGUAUCAGAAGACUCUGGGCACAAUGAUUGCAGGUGACACGAGUGGAGAUUACCGAAGACUUCUUCUGGCUAUUGUGGGCCAGUAGGAGGGAUUUUUUUUUUUUUUAAUGAAAAAAAAAUUUCUAUUCAUAGCUUAUCCUUCAGAGCAAUGACCUGCAUGCAGCAAUAUCAAACAUCAGCUAACCGAAAGAGCUUUCUGUCAAGGACCGUAUCAGGGUAAUGUGCUUGGUUUGCACAUGUUGUUAUUGCCUUAAUUCUAAUGUUAUUUUGUUCUCUACAUACAAUCAAUGUAAAGCCAUAUCACAAUGAUACAGUAAUAUUGCAAUGUUUGUAAACCUUCAUUCUUACUAGUUUCAUUCUAAUCAAGAUGUCAAAUUGAAUAAAAAUCACAGCAAUCUCUGAUUCUGUGUAAUAAUAUUGAAUAAUUUUUUAGAAGGUUACUGAAAGCUCUGCCUUCCGGAAUCCCUCUAAGUCUGCUUGAUAGAGUGGAUAGUAUGUUAAAACUGUGUACUUUAAAAAAAAAUUCAACUCUUUACAUCUAGAAUAAUUUGCAUCUCAUUUUGCCUAAAUUGGUUCUGUAUUCAUAAACACUUUCCACAUAGAAAAUAGAUUAGUAUUACCUGUGGCACCUUUUAAGAAAGGGUCAAAUGUUUAUAUGCUUAAGAUACAUAGCCUACUUUUUUUUCCCAGUUGUUUUCUUUUUUUAAAUUGAGUUAUGACAAAUAAAAAAUUGCAUAUAUUUAAGGUGUA